CUGUUGUUGAGUGGCGGGAACUGGUUGGCCCUGAGAGCAGUCAUGUUUCCCAUUGAUUGGGUGUGCACUACUGCUCGCUUGGAACCUAUAGAUUAUGUUCGAAAGCCACAGGUUAUCCUACGCUUAAUUAUUGUGAUAUUAGCAGUUGUCAAUAUUGCAAUUGUACAUAACGGCUGCUAUAUUUAUGGGAAGUGCUUGUUUAAUGAAGAUCAGGCAUCUUGUGGAUAUAGUUUGCUUCUUUCUUCGUCGACAUUUAUUCUUUGCCUCGCCUAUCUUUGGUUGGAUUUAAUAGUGGACAAUGUUUCGAGCAUUGACAUACGUUUGCGAAUCGCUAAAUUCGACGUAGUAUUGUCAGGUAAUUCUUAGAUUUUGAUUGCACUCGGUAUAGCAACAAUUCACUGCCUUUCAGUCAAAGUUUUCGGCCAGUUUAUUGGUCGAUUUAGCUGGUGAGACUAUUAAGACAUACGUAAGAGUAAAGUCCCUUAAAGAUUCACAACUUCAAAAUGACUGUAGUGUUUGAUAGCGACUUCCAACAGCGGAAUUUAUUGCUCAAGAUUCAUUUAAAGCGCUUCAUUCUUCAUAUCAUUGUAUGCACAGAUUAGGCUAACAACCAAGUAGGUUCUAAGUUACAUUGGUCGGUAGCUAGCAUUAUUGCAACUUCGUUUGUUUCUUAAUCUAUUCAGCGAAUUAUGGUCCUCGAGGGUACAAGUGAGAUAGUUUAAUCUUCAGUAAUCAGAACAAUAAGUCGGUUGACCAUUGUUAGUCCUUACAGUCAGUCAGCUACAACGUAGGACCAGGCACAUAUAUACAUCGGUUCAAGUUGC